AUGCCCUGGCUAAAGAAGCACGACCCGAAGAUUGGAUUUGCGAGCCAUACCUUCACUUUUGACAGCGAAUACUGCCGGAAACACUGCAAUACUCCCGCCCGCCCGACGAAGAUCCGAGCAUUGCAUGACGUCCCUACCAAGGCCCGACUGCAUAACUUGCCUCCCCGACCGCCUGAGCUGCAGCAUUUGGAUAUUGCCCGAGUAUCGUUGAGAGCCUGUACGAUAUAUAGCCGAAGGAACUGCCAGCUCUUUACUGUCACGAUCGAUGAUAUCAACCGGUACCUGCAGAAUGCCAGCCUGCCGGAGCCCCGAGACCUGCUCCCUGAGGAACUGGAGGAUUAUGCCGACAUCUUUUUACCCAAAGAAGCCGAAAGACUCCUCCUGCACCGGGAUUAUGAUCACAAUAUCCGCCUACAGGAUGGCAAGACGCCCCCAUUUGGACCACUGUACCCCAUGUCCCGCAACGAGCUGCUUGCACUGAAAGAAUGGCUGGAAGAGAAUCUGCGCAAGGGGUUCGUCUGUCCCAGCUCGUCGCCUGCCGCCUCCCCGGUCUUAUUUGUUAAAAAGGCUGAUAGAAGCCUCCAUUUCUGCGUCAACUACCGAGGACUGAACAACAUCUCUGUUAAGGACCGAUAUCCGCUGCCCUUAACCAAGGAAUCUCUGAACAACCUGAAGGGAAUAAAGUACUUCACAAAGAUUGAUAUCGUGUCUGUUUUUAACAACAUCCGCAUGAAGAAAGGACAGGAGUAUCUAACCGCGUUCCGUACCCGCUUUGGCCUGUACGAGUCCCUGGUGAUGCCCUUUGGACUGACUGGGGCCCCCGCAACCUUCCAAAGGUUCAUAAACAAUACCUUGCAAGAGUACCUGGAUGUAUUUUGCACUGCCUAUCUGGACGAUAUCUUGAUCUACAGCCGUACCCGAGAAGAGCACCUGAAACACGUCCGCCAGGUAUUAGAGUCCCUGAGACAGGCCGGCCUAUACGCCAAGAUCCAGAAGUGCGAAUUCUUCAAGGAUGAGACCACCUUUUUGGGUGUAAUUGUCAGGAAGAAUAGGAUUCGCAUGGACCCGAAGAAGAUUGAGACCAUUUGGAACUGGCAAUCCCCGUCCUGCCUGACAGAUGUCCAAGCGUUUAUCGGAUUCAGCAACUUUUACCGACGCUUCGUGAAGGAUUUCUCGAAGAUCAUCGCCCUAAUGGUGGCCCUGACGAGAAAAAGGAUGCGUUUCCACUGGAACCCGGCCUUCCAGACUGCCUUUGACCGUCUGAAGCACGCUUUACCACAGCGCCUGUCCUGGCCCCAUUCGAUUGGGAAAAAGAGAUCAUCAUAG